CUAAAAAAGCUACUCUGGCGAUGGCUGUUAGUUUGUGACUUGUAGGCUGUGACUUGUAGGCUUACCAAACCGAUGAUACGGUAUUUCCUUCCUUAUCGAACUGCAUGAAACAUACGAAGGUGACAAGCAGACCUGCCAUCAGACACGGUGACUCCAAGCUGAAACUUACGCAAGGAAACGAAAAACCCAAGCCAGAAAAAGUACUCCAGAGAAAAAUCACACUGACCAAGCUUACGGAAACCCGCGAGAAGCUGAUGGUUCAAGCUUCAGGACUGACAAAGGGCGCCAGGGAGACGCUUAGAGAGUUCUGUCAGAAGACGACAGCUCACGGCUUCAGCCACGUGGUAGAAAAGGACAUACACAUCAUUAUGAAUUUCUGGGUCAUCGUGACUUUUGUCAGGUAUGUCUCUGCACAAUCUUGGAAGGAGAAUACACAUUAUCAUAUUAACCAAAAUGCUUUCACACUUAUUACAUUUUACUCUGCAGUCACCUCUUCAACAGGAAUCUGCUCUACUGGACAAUUUACAACUGGAGAACCAUUACAAGAGGUCAUAAUCAAAGACAGGACCAAGAACAACAUUAAUUCCUCCUUUAUGUGCUGCCCACCACUGAAUAGCUCCAAUCAUGGCUUUAUAAGCGCCCUUCAUGUACCGCCCUCUGGGACCCGGCCCAAACCUAUCAUUUUCCCAGAGUGGGGAAGACGCAAAUUGUCAGAUCUUAAGAAGGGGUUCAAGUUUAUUCUGCUUUUUAAAAAGCCAAGGAUGCUCAUAACUAACUACACCAAAGCAAACGCAAGAAAAAAAGAAAUAUACCUCUUGAAAAACCUCCGUGCCCCUCAGGUUUUCAGGCUUCACUCUCUAUUACAUAGUCUUGUUAUUGUGAAGCUCACCCAUAACCCAAAGAUUCAGUUGCUCUUUCUGUAUGGCUGUAACAUUACCAUAAAAAAGUUAUAUUCUCUCCACUUAUAUGGUGAAAGUAUACAAAAGGAUCCCACCAACUUUGAGAGAAUUGAAGAUCACAGUCUUGCACACUGGGUAGCAUGGACCACUUCCUACGCUACGUGCCGCAGCGAUCCCCUGACACCAAAGGGUUCCAGAGGAGAGGUGUUGCCCUUUUGGGCCAAAAAGGGGAAAGGUUUCCCGGAAUACUGCAAAAUAGAUUAUGUCACUGCAAAUAUCAGCAGUAACAGCACCAACAAUGCAACCGAGACUGAGGAUUAUGAUGACACUGUUCUGAUUGAGGAGCUGAAAGUCAACUUGUUCCACCAGCAAAAUUACCAUAAUCCAUGGGGCUUUGUAGGAUAUUCCAAUCCUGAUAAUUUACCGGGAAAGAUGAAGAUCCUCCUACACACUGAUUAUGUUAUAGUUGUGACUCUUACAUCCAAAACAUAUAUCUCCCACUCAUAUUUGCAUGUGUUCGGAUACAGGAGUCAAAAUUGCCAGUUACAAAUUGGUAACCCAGACUUAUCAACUUGUCUACAAGAGCAGCUGAAUCUUGGAUUAUGGGUGAGCUUCACAAUCAACAAGACUAUAGUAAUAGAGAGUGAAGACCCUGAAAAACCUGAGGACACGGAGGUUAAUCAAGAGGAGACAGUGAGACCUCUUCCUUGCUGGCAAGCAGACCAGAGAUUAGAAAGACUUCCAGAAGACCAGUGCAGCAAUAUGCUUAACAGUCAGGCUUAUGAGGAUAAGGAAAUAACUCUUAUGCAGUUAUAUCCAGAGGAACUUGAAACUCAGGAACUGCUGGCUGCAGAAGGUUACCUACUAUCUAACCUGGCUCCUAUGAGGGCAGGGUACAUGAAGGGCGCUUAUAAGCUGAUUGACUAUUCAUGUGGGCAGCACAUAAAGAGGAAUUAUAGUAUGCCAGUGUUGAGUCGUGACCCCAAAAGGAUAAUAUUGUUAAAGGAUGAACUUCGGGAAUACCUGGAAAUGCACAAAGUUACGCUCGAGGAACUGAUAACAAUGCUUUCCCCAGAUUGUGAGGAACUGGUGAAAGGAUGCUACUCAUCGUCUCAGAGCCUGACUAGUUCCCUGUGCUGCCAGACGGUGUUGAGGCCUACCAUCACCACAUUAGGCGUCUGCUUCACCACACUCAGCCAAAAUGGCUUGAGACUCAACCAGACUAUCGCUGGACUGGUAGGAGGCUAUAGGAUUCUCUUCGAUGUCGCCCUCCACGAGUACAUGGACUACGAUUACAACGUAGUGUCGACGACGUCCUUGGCAGAGGCAGGGAUCCAUGUCUCGCUCUCCAACUUCGCCAGCUCGCCCGCUGUGGCCGCUAACAUCCAGGCCGUCCGGAUUGCGCCCAACACCGCCGCCUCCGUCGCUCUUGACGUCACUAAUAUCGACCACACUGAGGUGUACCUGGACGACUGGCUGUGGCCCAACCCCAGACCUCGGUGUGUGAGUGAGGAAAAGUUCUGGGCCAUGAGCGAGGAGGAACGAGCCUAUACGGGAAGUAACCAGUACUUUUCUUUGCUCUAUCGAGACUGCCUUAACCAUUUCUUCAACUGCUCGGCCAUCCCGUUCAUGUUCACCAAUGAUACCACUAGUGCGUGCACGCCCGACAUAACGCUCUACCAAAGUAAAAUAAAUGACAAGAUGAUGGACUGUGUUCAGAAUCACUUGAGCCAACUGGAAGAAGGUUUUGGAAAAUUAUGCUUCACUACGACAAUCAACCAGCAACUGAGUUACACUACUCUCAUGAAGAAUGGAGUACAAAACAUCAUUGACAACCGACUGCUUCCUCCUAACAUAACCCUGUCCAUGGUGAAUAUUUACUACACCGAACUGGGCUUUACGGAGUACUACGAACGUAUCCCAACUUUCAUCACAUGGUUCAGUGACCUUGGCGGGCAGAUGGGGUUAUUUAUGGGUGCCUCUUUCAUCACUCUGGUCGAACUUAUAUUCACCGUGUGUUACGUCCUGCGUGUCCUAAUGACUCGAGGCGUGAAGGCUCUCAUGAAUAAACUGCGUGGCAACAACACGUAACAUGCUAGAUUAUUGUGACAUAUCACUUUUGGUCACAACUGUCUAAUUUCUAAUAUACAGUGUCUUUAGUGGUCACUACCUUUAAGAAAGCAUGUACUUUACAUUACGUUAUUUUCUUUUCAUCUAUUCAUUUACUUGUUUCAUGUUAGAACACUGACUGUGGCCUGACAUUUUACAAGUUUAUCCGUUCAACUGGGAUAUUAAUAGAAGCACUGCAUUAUAAACCGCAUAUCAGACAAUGGUAACAGCUUAACUUUCUUCAGUAUCAUUAUUUAAAUAAUUUUAUCUGGAUCUCUCGUAGGAAAUAUGUCCUGAUGAAUAAAUAUUCACCCUGAA